CUGCUUGUUUGACGAGGUUUGACAGUUAGUUGACAGGCUGAUCACAUGCUACUGUAUAGAUGGAAGAACAAGAGAACGAAAAGAAUAAUCUUGUUAAUGAAUCAAGAUCUUGUCCAAGUAGAUAUGGCUCAACGUCUAAUGGAUCAGACACUUAUGAGGAGUUAUUAAGGGGGAGUGUACCCUGUCCAACAUGUAGAGGAAAAGGAAACAUUCCAAAAGAACAAGAAGGAGAACUUGUAGCACUCAUUCCAGUGAGAGAUAAGCGACUUAAACCUAGACGAACAUGCCUGUAUGUAGGGAUAGCUGUAUUUACUUGUAUUGUUAUGGCUGGACUGUUAUUUUUCUUCCUUUCGCAAAGAGAUGUUACCAUAGCUAGUAACAUAUCACUGUUAUCACCAAAAAAUCUCACCAUAGAUACUGCAAAGAAAUAUGUUUACUUUGAAGUCACAUAUCCAUUCAAUAUAUCCAACUUGAAUUACUUUCCUAUAACAUUAACACAGAACUCUAUAGCUGUAGAAUUCAAUGUUAAACUCAUAAAUACAACCAAGUCUAGCUUUACCUUAAAUGUGCCAAUGAGAUCAACAAGGAAAUUUGAUGUCAAUGUUGGAAUCACUUUCAGUAAAGAUAACGGAUUGGGGGCAAUGGCGAGCAGAUGUAAUAAUCCAGAACCUUUCUUUACUCAGUAUGUGAUGAUAUUUCAGACAACAGCCACAUAUUCCUCACUUGGACAUCAAGAACAGACAACAGUUAAUACUUAUCCUUUAGUAGAUUGUGGAAAUCAUACAAAAGCAGAAAACUUAAGUAUUUUGUCACCAGAAUAUUCAUUAUUGAUCAGUUGAUUCUAAGAAGAAUUCUUUAACAGAAAGAGAUACUGUCUUCACCGAUGCUUAUAGCAGUCAGCAGUAAGAGAUCAUAGGAAUGCACAGAUAUUCAAAUCAGCAUUUAGUGGAACCAUAAUCUUUCUACAAAAAUAUGUUUGUUAUCUCCCUUGAGCAGUUGGUAAUGUCAAAGUAUGGAGACAAUGAAACAUAGUUCCUUUGUGUACCUUUAUAUUUUUAGUUUUUUCUGAGGCAGCCAAAAAAAGUUGCUAUCCCAGUUGACCUAAUGUAUACAGUUGCAAAUAUAGAUAUAUUUUUAUGAUAGACAAAAACUUUGUUAGCCAUUCAUAUGGAAAAUUCUUUUUAAUGUUUUAAAAGGAAUGUGUUCUGAUUAAAGAGGGUGGUAAAGGGUUAUUUUCGUGCAAUGUGUUUUGCCAUUUUUAUUUCACGUGCAGCCGUAAAAAAGGUUCAUUAUUCACUGUGUUUCGUGAAAUCGGUAAAAAGAUCAACGUGCAAGAAAUUUUUAAUUGUUUGUUCAUCGUGAAAUGGCAAUUUUAUUUCGCGUUCUUCCGUGCAGUUACCCCCCUUUACGCCCCUCAUUAAACAUUAUUUAAAUAACUAUAAAAUCAAAGAAUUCAAACAUAAACUUGUUUUCAAUAAGUGACCUAAUUCAGGGUUGCAUGUAUAGCAUGUGUCAAUUAUCACUGUUUUUUGGUCAUCAGUUGAAUAUUUUUGUUAUUUGAAUUCUUGGAUUAGUUAUUCUUUAUGUUGACUCUAUGUUGCCCUUUAUAGCUUACUUUUCGGUGUGAGCCAAGGCUCCGUGUUGAAGACCGUACUUUGACCUAUAAUGGUUUACUUUUAUAAAUUUUUACUUGGACGGAGAGUUGUCUCAUUGGCACUCAUACCACAUCUUCUUAUAUCUAUCUAAAGGCCAGUAACAAAGAAAAUGCAAGAAACUUUUUCUAUGUCUCUCAAAUCUUUUGAUCCAACACCAUUGACAAUGUCUUGACUAAUUAUUGCAUGAUGUCAGAUGAGUGAAAUGACAGGUUUUAUUACACACGUGACAAUAUCUGUCUUUGUUUAUUUUACUUGGAAAUCACUAUAUUUUAUUGCAGUAUUUGUAAUAAUUUCUGUUCUUGUAACUAAUGCUAUAAAUAAAAAUCUGAGUAUUAUGUCUUUAACAUGUAUUGAAAGUAUACUGCUUUAUAUAUUUACUUUGUUAAUAUGUUCAUGCUUUACUUCAACUCAAGUAUUAUAAUUCAUAUACCGGUAUGUGUAAAGGUAUCACCUUGUAGUAAUCAUUGUUGUUUCUCCACAUAACUUGUCCUAUUAUUUCAGAAUUUUUGUACUAGUCUUUUAACUGCAGGUUGUGAUACUAUAAUUUGAAUUGUUCUUCAUACAUUAAAAUGAUGUUAUUUUGAAAAAAAAUAUGUCUUUAAGUUAGAACAUUAUAGUGUAGACUAGCAGAUUACUAUAUGUAUGUAUUUUUGGCUACCAAGCUUUAAAUGAAUAUUUCACUCAUUAAACAUAUUUGCUCAUCUGAUUAAAGGUGAUUGCUAUAUUUAUAUUUGUUAUAUAUGUAUUUUUUUAUUUUCAUAUUUUAGUACUUUAUCAUAAUAUCGUUCAUCAAAGAUCAUACAUAAUUGAAAUUUUAGAUUAACUGUUUUUAAUUUUAUUCAAAGAUCUGUGAUUUUUAACAAUAAGAACAUAUAAAAAGUAGUUGUUCUGCUGAUAUUAAACUUGUUUUAUUACAAAUGGAGAUAUGGUUUUACCUGAAAACCAUUUAACAGUCAUUUUUUAAUACAUGUACUGUAAACUAGGAUAUUUUGGCUGUGGUAAUAUUUUGGAUUUUUUUGGGGCUUUGAUGAAAGUACCAAAGUUAAUCAUACAAAGAUAAAUCAGUUACCAGUAAGUUAAAAGUUUAAGUUUUGAGAGAUGAAGUUAGAUAUAAAUUUAUAGUUUAAUUCUGAAUUUCUACCUAUUAAUUUUAAUUUGCUUCAACAGAAGUAGAAUAGGUUAGUCAAUAUCAAUAUUAAUUUGUGUGUUCGAGCCCAUUUAUCAGAAACUAAAAGAGAGAAACACAUAAUUUGCAUACACAUGUGCCUAGUAGAUAUCAUUGAAAGAUAGAAGUAUUAAUAAAUAGAGGAAAACUAUGAGUUGAUAUCUUUUCCCUGAUGAUGUCUACCAAAAGUUGUACAUAAUUUAGACAUUUAGAACUUUCAGGAAUUUUUGAAGACCUUCUUGAAAGCAUGCAUUUCAGCACCAUUUCAGAAAAGAGAUCGAUUUAUAUGUGAGUCUUCAACAAAAAAAAUAAAGAAACAUUACUCAUCACAAAACAUAUUUGUAAUAGUGAUCCCCAAAUUUGUUACAUCUAUUGCUAAUGAAUUAAGUUGCAUCCAAUCUGCAAAGUAUAUCAACAUGACCCAUAUCACACAUUUAAAAGGGGGUAUUUGUGGUAAGGGAGAUAAUUAUUUAAAUCUGUAAAGUGUUUGCAAUAGACAUUUUCAUCAAUCAGUUUUAAGCAUUCAUAUGAAACACCUGUAAGUUAAUCAGUGUUAAGGUAGAUCAGCGGUCUAAACAAAAAAUUAAAGAAUUUUUAAAUAAUUUGCCAAAAUGAAGUUUAAAUCAUUCUUUAUUUGUUUAAAUAUGAUAGUGUAGGUCACUGGCUUAUUUUUAAGCUACAGGUUGUGUAAACUUGUCCGAAUGUGUAGAUUAUACAUGGAAAACCCAAUUUUGUGUGACAGAAGGAAAACUAUACCACAGAAUUUUGAGAUAGAAUAUGAGAAAUAUAGAUUCCACCACUGAAACAAGUGUCUUACAAUAUUUCUCAACUGGAGACCGUUAAAUUUAAAUAUUAAAAGCGCAAACUUGCCAAGCUUUUUAAAUAAUCAAAAUUUAACUGUUGAGAGUGGAGAAAUAUCGCAAUACACGAGUUAAAGUGGUGGAAUCUGUUUCCCUUAUGAAUUUUAUCAUUCCUUUUCAAAGAUUUACAGAAAGUUGUGUUCUUUAUAUGUGACGUCAUCAGGCAUGGUCGCCUUUUUAGCUCACAUGGCCCAUAGGGCCAAGUGAGCUUUUCUCAUCACUUGGCGUCCGUCGUCUGUAAACUUUUACAAAAAUCUUCUCCUCUGAAACUACUGGGCCAAAUUUGACCAAACUUUGCCACAAUCAUCAUUGGGGUAUCUAGUUUAAAAAAUGUGUCUGUUGACCCGGCCAACCAACCAAGAUGGCCGCCAUGGCUAAAAAUAGAACAUAGGGGUAAAGUAUAGAUUUUGGCUUAUAUCUCUGAAACCAAAGCAUUUAGAGCAAAUCUGACAGUGGUAAAAUUGUUUAUCAGGUCCAGAUCUAUCUGCCCUGAAAUUUUCAGAUGAGUCGGACAACCUGUUGUUGGGUUGCUGCCCCUGAAUUGGUAAUUUUAAAGAAAUUUUGCUGUUUUUGGUUAUUAUCUUGAAUAUUAUUAUAGAUAGAGAUAAACUGUAAACAGCAAUAAUGUUCAGCAAAGUAAGAUCUACAAAUAAGUCAACAUGACCAAAAUGGUCAGUUGACCCCUUAAGGAGUUAUUGCCGUUUAUAGUCAAUUUUUAACCAUUUUUCGUAAAUUUUUGUAAUUUUUUACAAAAAUCUUCUCCUCUGAAACUACUUAGACAAAUUUAACCAAACUUGUCCACAAUCAUCAUUAGGGUAUCUAGUUUAAAAAAUGUGUCCGAUGACCCCACCCGCGAACCAAGAUGGCUGACAUGGCUAAAAAAUAGUACAUAGGGUAAAAUGCAGUUUUUGGCUCAUAUCUCUGAAACCAAAGCAUUUAGAGCAAAUCUGACGAGGAUAAAUUUGUUCAUUAGGUCAAGAUCUAUCUGCCCUGAAAUUUUCAGACCAAUCAGGCAACUUGUUGUUGGGUUGCUGCCCCUGAAUUGGUAAUUUUAAGAAAAUUUUGCAGCUUUUGGUUAUUAUCUUGAAUAUUAUUAUAGAUAGAGAUAAACUGUAAACAGCAAUAAUGUACAGCAAAGUAAGAUCUACAAAUAAGUCAACAUGACCAAAAUUGUCAAUUGACUACUUAAGGAGUUAUUGCCCUUUAUAGUCAAUUUUUUACAAUUUUCAUAAAUUUUGUAAAUUUUUGUAAAUUUUUACAAAAUAUUUUCCACUGUAACUACUGGGCCAAGUUCAUUAUAGAUAGAGAUAAUAGUAAGGAGCAAGAAUGUUCAGUAAAGUAAGAUCUACAAACACAUCACCAUCACCAAAACACAAUUUUGUCAUGAAUCCAUCUGUGUCCUUUGUUUAAUAUGCACAUAGACUAAGGUGAGCGACACAGGCUCUUUAGAGCCUCUAGUGUCAUGACCUCACAAUAGGAAAUUCAGAAAAAACCAUGAAAAUUUGACGUCAUAAUUAAAUUUCGACCAAUCAUUUGCCGAGAACAAUUAUUUCACAAGUGAGGAGAACAAUUUUUUCACAAUCGGUUGGGAAAGGUGAAAAUAGUGAAAAAAUUAGAGAAAAUAAUUCUAAUAAUGUGCUGUCAGAAAAAAAAAAAAAAAAAAAUUUGUGUCACAGGAGUUCUGUAUGUUAUCAAAACAAUAAUAAGAUAAAACACAUUAUUUAUUUCAUUUAGAUGAAAAGCAUUCCAAAUGAAUUACAUUCCUCUCUCAGAAUUUUUAUAAUUUAUUAAAGAUCUAAUCCAAUAGGCUAUUUCUCGAAUUAUGGCUUUCACCAGAAAAGAUCGUCAAUUACACACACCCUUAUGACAUCAUUUACCAGAUAGAAGGUGUGGUGCGCCUGUAUCCCUGCACUAAUAAAAAAUUUCAAACAUCUUCAGGAUCAUCGUUCUGCAGGGUAGUCUAGAAAUAAUUUAUGUUCCGUAGGUACGUAAUCUCAAUUCCCGUACGCUUGAAGGGAGGGUGACCAACUAAUUAUUUUAAUUUCCCGAAUAUUUUGUACAAUAUAGCAUUUAACAUUUUGACCCAUUCCCUCGAUGCCUACAUUUUUGGUGAUAGAAGUCACAUGACAGAUAUAAUUUGCAACUAUAUCUCAGUAUUGGCGUAUUGGGUUCUAUUUUACAAUACAAGAUGGUGGAAGAUACCCAAUCUACCUCAAAGAAAAUGGUUGACAAAAUUUGUUCCAGUAAUUAUUAAGAGUAAAGUACCUUACCUUAAGUGUUGAUCGACAUUGUUGAAAUGACAAGUAGCCAUCUAAGAUCCAUUAUCUUGUAUUCCAAAGUGGUGUUUUUUGUAUUUAUUUUUAAAAAAAAAUGGCAUUAAAAUGACAUUUUUUGUAUUUAUUUCAUUUUUAUGUUAUUGCAUGUAUUUAUAAAGUUUCAUGAAAUAAAAGAUUAACUUUUAA